UGGCGGAGGGGGAGGGGAGCGGCCGUCGGCGCCCCGUGUCGCGCGCUCGCGCUCUCUCCGGCAACAUGGCGGGCGUGCAGGAGCCAGCGGCGCCCUCCGGGAGCCACCUGAACGGCGACUUGGGCGCCGACGAGCGGGACGAGGGAGCCGCUUCGACGGCUGAGGAGGCCGCCAAGAAGAAAAGGCGGAAGAAGAAGAAGAGCAAAGGGCCCGCCGCAGCAGGGCAGCAGGAGAUUGAUAAAGAUUCAGGAACCUCAGUCGAUGAAGUAGUAAAGCAAUUGGGAAGACAAGCUUUGGAAGAGAAGGAGAGAGAUGACGAUGAUGAGGACGAUGCAGACGUUGAUGGAGAUGGAGCAGCUGGAAAAAAGAAGAAAAAGAAGAAGAAGAAGAAAGGACCAAAAGUUCAAACAGACCCUCCGUCAGUUCCAAUCUGUGACCUGUAUCCAAAUGGUGUAUUUCCCAAAGGACAAGAGUGCGAGUACCCACCUACACAAGAUGGCCGAACAGCUGCUUGGAGAACUACAAGUGAAGAAAAGAAAGCAUUAGAUCAAGCUAGUGAAGAGAUUUGGAAUGAUUUCCGGGAAGCUGCAGAAGCUCAUCGACAAGUUAGAAAAUAUGUUAUGAGCUGGAUCAAGCCUGGGAUGACAAUGAUAGAAAUUUGUGAAAAGUUGGAAGACUGUUCACGAAAGCUGAUAAAAGAGAAUGGAUUGAAUGCAGGCCUGGCGUUUCCUACAGGGUGUUCUCUCAAUAACUGUGCCGCCCACUAUACUCCCAACGCUGGCGACACGACAGUGUUACAGUAUGACGACAUCUGCAAGAUAGACUUUGGGACACACAUAAAUGGUAGGAUUAUCGACUGUGCUUUCACUGUCACUUUCAAUCCCAAAUACGAUACACUAUUAAAAGCUGUAAAUGAUGCCACUAACACUGGAAUAAAGUGUGCUGGAAUUGAUGUUCGUCUCUGUGAUGUCGGUGAGGCCAUCCAAGAAGUUAUGGAGUCCUAUGAAGUCGAAAUAGAUGGAAAGACAUACCAAGUGAAACCAAUCCGUAAUCUAAAUGGACAUUCAAUUGGGCCAUAUAGAAUACAUGCUGGGAAAACAGUGCCCAUUGUGAAAGGAGGAGAAGCAACAAGAAUGGAGGAAGGGGAAGUAUAUGCUAUUGAAACCUUUGGCAGCACAGGAAAAGGUGUUGUUCAUGAUGAUAUGGAAUGUUCGCAUUACAUGAAAAACUUUGAUGUUGGGCAUGUGCCAAUAAGGCUUCCCAGAACAAAGCACUUGUUAAAUGUCAUCAAUGAAAACUUUGGCACUCUUGCCUUCUGCCGCAGAUGGCUGGAUCGCUUGGGAGAAAGUAAAUACUUGAUGGCAUUGAAGAAUCUGUGUGACUUGGGCAUUGUAGACCCAUACCCACCAUUGUGUGACAUUAAAGGAUCAUAUACAGCGCAGUUUGAACAUACUAUACUGUUGCGUCCAACCUGUAAAGAAGUUGUCAGCAGAGGAGAUGACUAUUAAGCACAGUCCACAGCCACCACAAUAGCUUUAUUUUCUAAAAGUUGUUGGGAAUACAUUGUACCCGAAUUAAAUUGAAAUACAUUGUAUUUAACAGUGGACCUAUGUAAAAGUUUCAUUGGUGUUUAAAAAAGAAAGCAUUUGAUCAAAGAAACUAUUUAAUGUAAUUAACCAAGGAAAAAGCUUUUAAGACUUUCAAAUGUUAGUGUCUCCCUCACCCCACCGUCCCAUCCCACCCUCCUCUAGGAAGUGCUAUAAAGCUCAGAUAAUUAGGAAUGACUUAAUACAUUUUGUUUUGAAUACCUAAGAGAUGCUUUUCAGAUAUUUAUAUUGCCAUAUCAUUAAUUGACUUGCUUCGAAUGACUACAGCCAGUUUUGCACCUAUACCCUCUGGUAUUGCUUUUUAACCUUCCUGGAAUUCAUUUUCUAAAGAAAUAAAGACAUUUUCAGAUCUGAAAGCUACAUUUCAAUGUCUGUGGUUAUAAUUCUGCAUAGGAAGUAAACUGAAUGUAGAGUAGUAGUCUCAUCUAUUAUAGAGCUUUAUAUCAAAACUUUUCUAACAUAGCUGCUGAAAAACACCAUCUAUACAGUGUGCAGUGAAGGAAUUUUCCUAAGUUUACAGACUCAGAACCAGUUUGCUUUUAUAUUCUUUCAGAACCUUGAGUUAAUAAACAUCUCAACACUUAAAAUACUUUAUCCAGUGAUAGUAUUUAUAGUAAAGUGCAUUCGGCUUAGAAAUAAACUGAAUUGAAAUUCACAGAAGCAAAGGAAAACCUCACAUUUGGAUCUUGUCAGAAAAGUUAAAUUCAAUUUCUAGAGUGUCUUUUUUGCAUAAUAAGCCAGGUUCCCUAACACCUUGUCUCUUGAUUAGUGUGGAUUUGUAAUGUAUUUUAAGAAGUGAGGUUACAAGACAUAAUAGCUAAUAAGAGCAUCAAUUGAAUGUAAGAUGCUUAUUUGUUUAACUGAGCCCUGUUACAAAUUCUUUUAACAGAUUCUUAAACUCAUGUAAAUUAUUUGUUGGUGACGUGCCAACAUAAUUUGAAAAUUGCCUUAAUUUGUAUAUGCUUUUAGCACAAGAUUUACUGCCUAGAGGAUGCUGUUUAGUUUGUAUUUUAACAUUUUCUUCAGUGGAAGAGAAACAUCACUUAUGUAUUUCAUUUAUUACAAAUUUUUAAAACUACUCUUUCACAUUAAGAGGUAUAAAUGAAUGUCAUAGAAUAAAUUAGUUUUUAUUUGA